AUGAGCCCACAGGGUUGCUUCGGAAAGUUCAAUUUGCGAACAAGACGUGUUGACGUACAAAACACAAGCCCGGAAGUCGGAACCAAUUUUAGUCAAGAACUGCACCAGACUCCAGAAUCAAGUCAGACUUUAAGUCAAGAUGUACAUUUAGAUCUGAAUGUGUCCCAGAAUCAGAAUCCAGACUCUGACCAAUAUGUAUUUAAUGAACAAUCCGACCAGACUCCAGAAUCCAACCUCAACACGGGGAGGUCUGAAUCCAGCCUCAGGUCCGAUAAAGAAGACCGGAGGUCAUUGACCUCGGCUGGGAAACAAUAUAUGACCUCGGUCAAGCUUGAGAUGUUCCGUCAAGGAUCAAGAAACUCCUUCACUAGAUUCGAUCUCCCGACCCCCACCGACUAUAUGUCGGAUGACCCUGACCUCAUGAGGUCAACUCAGAUGAAAAGAUCCACGCUUCGAGGCCAGAGGUCUUUGGACAGUCAAAAUGUGAUUUCUAGUCAAAAGAAAAAGUCGAUAAGGAGGAAAAAGAAACAAAU